AUGGCGAAAAUGAGGUUUCCUUCGUUAUGGUGCUCUUGGAUUCGUGGAGUCCUGUCAUCAGCGAGAUCGUCGGUGCUUGUAAAUGGCGCCCCACAUUCGAGUUCCAAUGUGGAAAAGGAAGGCGGAGCGGUGAAUGGUAUUCAAAUUCCUAAUGGUGGCCCUAUGAUUUCACACCUUCUGUAUGCGGAUGAUGCCAUCAUUCUUGGGCUGAAAAUAAACCUCUCAAAGUCCAACUUAUAUGGUAUUAGAGUGGAUUUAGCAGAGGUGAAAGACAAGGCUAGAGCGGUGGGGUGCAAUGCGGAGAAUCUUCCUUUCAAGUACCUUGGGUUGAUGGUGGGGGCCAACAUGAACCAUAUCAACAACUGGAAACCUGUAUACGACAUUUUUGAAGCGAGGCUUUCCUUUUGGAAAGCUAAUCUUCUUUCAAUCGGUGGCCGCAUCACCUUAGUUAAGUCCAUUCUUGAGUGUCUUCCGAAUUACUAUUUCUCUCUGUACAAGGCGCCGACUAAAGUGUUAAAAGAUUUGGAGGCGCUUAUUAAAAGAUUUCUUUGGGGGGGGGGAUCGGGCGAGGCUAAGAAAAUGCAUUGGGUCGCUUGGGAUAGGGUGUCUAUUUCUAAAGAAGAAGGAGGGCUUGGAUUAAGCAAAUUAAAACACAUUAACAUUGCGCUUCUAUCAAAAUGGGGAUGGCAAUUUAAAACGGAAAGGAAUAAUCUUUGGAAGAAGGUGGUUGAAGGUCUUCAUUCGCGUAAAUCCAAAUGA